AUGAUUCUCCGUUUCAGAUCGAAAAGCGGCAUGGCCCGGAUCCAGACCGAGCCCACCUCGCCCAUUUCUGAAGCUGUCGAGUCUGCCCGCGCCCAUUUUGGCCUCGCAGGCGAUUUCUAUGUGAGCGAUUCGCCUUCAAACAAGGGCAUUCUUGCAAGCGAAUUGAACGACACAGUAGGCAACAUGGGUCUUUCCAAUGGUGCUCUCCUUUACAUCACAGAGGUUUCUGUCCCUGGCGAUGCACAAACAACGGGAAAUCUCGAAGCUGGCGGGUAUGCGCAUGUCACUUCAACAAACUCCACAGGUGCAAAUGCAACAAGCACAAAGAAGGCAGCCAAUAACGCCAAGAACGCCAAUACCACCGCGGAGCCUGCUGUCAACGCGCCGCCUUUUGCAGCCACAGGCACGGAUGCACAAUCUUUCCCAGUGGACGCCGAGCUCGACCGCGCAGAGGGCCUCAUUCCUCGCUCCCGCUCGGCGCUUUGCCGCCACGGCGACAGGGGCAUGUGUGAGUACUGCUCGCCGCUCCCGCCUUGGGACCUUGCGUAUCUUGCAGAACACGGCAUCAAGCACCAGUCCUUCUGGGCCCACGUCAAGGAGCGCCAGCACCUCACGCCAAACAGCGUGGCGCCUUUGGACGUUCCAGACUACCGUGUUCGCCCCUGCAACCUGGGCCACGCGCCAUACCCCGCUGGAAUCUGCUCCCAGUGUCAGCCUGCGCCAAUCACCCUUCAGCAGCAGCUGUUCCGUAUGGUGGACCACGUGGAGUUUGCUGACCACGCCGUGAUGGACCGCUUUCUUGAUGCGUGGCGUCGUUCCGGCGCACAGCGCUACGGUGUCAUGUACGGCCGGUACGAGCCUUUUGACCAGGUGCCAUUGGGAAUCAAGGCCGUUGUCGAAGCCAUCUACGAACCGCCACAGGCCGACGAGGCAGACGGUAUUACGCUCUUGGAGUGGGAAAACCAGGCACAGGUGGACCAAGUGGCCCAAUCCCUUGGCCUUGUUCCUGUAGGUGCUGUCUUCACCGACUUGACCGACAGCGGCGCCCGCGACGGCUCAGUGUUAUGCAAACGUCACAAGGAUCUGUUUUUCCUUUCGGGCGUCGAAGUGGCCAUGGCCGCUCGCAACCAGAUUCUCCACGCGGCUGCGUGUCGCCAUUCUUCCACAGGCCGCUUCUCCUCUAAGUUUGUGACAUGUGUGAUCACGGGCAACACUAAGGGCGAGAUUGAACCGCGGGCCUACCAGGUGUCGGCGAGCGCAGAAGCUCUCAUUGCGGCGGACCUCAUAUGUCCUUCAACACAGCCAUCCCAGGUGUGGAUCAACCCCACAGAGGGCAAGCGGUAUGUGCCAGAUGUGUUCUACACUCGUAUCAACGAGUAUGGGUUGCAAGUGAAGACAAACGCCAAGCCUUCCUUCCCAAUCGACUAUCUAUUGGUGACACUACUGGACGGAUUUCCUGUUCAGCCUACUCCAAUGUUCACACAGCGGUUCCCGGUCGAGAACCGUGCCUUUGUGGGCGAGGCGCCUGAUUUGCGUCUGGUCCGCUCGCAAGUGGAAGGCGGGACCGACUCUCUUGCUGAUUUCCACUUGCUUGUACACAUUCGCGGCAUGGAUAUUUUGGCAGACUCUGAAUUUGCCCUUCUUAUGGAGUAUGUACGGAACCGGAAAGAAGAGGACUACGUGCGGUUAGCGGAGACCGGCGGCUGGAUGACACUUCUCACCAUUUUGGAGCAGAGCACAUGA